AGGCUUCCUUUUUGCAGCGACUUAAAAAAUUCAGCUUCCCCGUUAGGAUCAUUUCUUGACUUUAAAAUACAAUAUUUAUAUGUAUUUAGCAUAAUUGCUUAGGUGAUUAUAUAAAUUUGCGCGCUCUGAUUGGCCCAGGAUUGCGUUAUAUCUCGUUAUAUUCACCUCACGCGAGGUGAGUAUAGGAAAAACACUAAAUUUCAAAAUGGCUGCCUCGCGUCUUAUCAAUUAUCCCGAGAGACUGAUAAAUGCGAUAGAAGAAAAUUAAAUCAACCUUCUAAACUGCUAGUUCAUCUUGAUAAGGGUAAUCAACAGAAUUGUAACUAAACAUGCGCAAAGCUUUCUUUAUUUACUGAACUAACUACAGAAUUCGAAAGCACCAGGAAAUUAUACUAAAACAGUUAUUCGCCUCAGGCUCAAUGAACAGUACUGAAUAAUCCUCUUAACUUCUCCUCGGGAAUGAUUUAACAAUAUUCACUCCGCCUUUAGUGAAUGAUUGUUAAAUAUCUUUACGUUCUCUUUGCCUAAUUAUGAGUUUCUUUCUUUUCAACGACUGAUUUCAUGAACUAACAAAAGACGUUAACUUUAAACUCGAAUAUCUACAAAAGAUAUCAGAUGAGAUGGAGAAAGAAAAAGAGGAACAGAAGUUACAGCUUGAUGCGAAGGAACAAGAAUUAGUUGACCUUAAAUACCAGUUUGAUAUACUUUCGGAAGAACUUGAGGAACGUAACAAAGAGAAUGAGGAGUUGAGGAAAUCUUUAGGGAGUGAAGGGUCCGGAAGUAAAUAUCAUGUGUUUUUAACGUUCGCAUCCUUGGGGCUUGAGUUGAGGCUUCCUUUACGAAGUGACUUAAAAUUUGGCUAACCCGUUAGGAUUAUUUCUUCACUUUAUGAUAUAAUAUUUGUAUAUAUUUAGCAUAAUUGCUUAGGUGAUUAUAUGAAUUUGCACGCUCUUAUUUACAGAACUAACAACAGAAUUCGAAAGCACCUGGAAAUUAUACUAAAACAGUUAUUCGCCUCAGACUCAGUGAACAGUGUUGAGUAAUCACCUCGACUUCGUCUCGGGGAUUAUUCAACAAUAUUCAUUCCGCCUUUAGUGAAUGAUUGUUAAACAUUUUUACGUUCUGUUUACUUUAUGAUGAGUUUGUUUCUUUUUUACGACUGGUUUCAAGUACCAGUAAAAGACGUUAACCUUAAACUCAAAAAUCUAGAAAAGAAAUCAGAUGAGAUGGAAAAAGAAAUAGAGGAACAGAAAUUACAGCUUGAUGCGAAGGAAAAAGAACUGGCCGAGCCACAAGAACUGUUUGAGAAACAAGAACCGGUAAAUGAAAGAGUUUUGAAAGAACUUGAAAAACUCCAAAAAGAGAAUGACCAGUUAAGGGAGGAUUUUGAUGACGAAAAUAAGAUGCUAAAGCGUAAGUAUCCUGUUCUUGGUAAGUGCACGUCCUUUAGGGGAGACAGGUCUGGGCGAACACUGUUUCUACGUCUAAAUUUAUUCUAAGUUAUCUAGGGGACCCCUUACUGUUAUACUGUUUUUAGUAAGCGAACGUCAUACGUUAUGAUUGACUAAUGAUAAGUUUGUUUGCUUGUAACAUAACAAUAACAAUAACAUUUAUUAUUUGUAUUGCGCCUUUUCUAUAAAAUAUUCAAAAGCGCAAAGAUUAGAAUAAAUCGUUUCAAGGUAAAACUAAAUUCCUCAACUCUAGAGAAAUAAGAUGAGAUGGAAAACGAAAAAGAGGAACAGCGGUCAAAGCUUUAUGCGAAGGAGCAAGAACUAGCCGAGCUCCAAAAACUGUUAAAGAAACAAGAACUGGAAAAUGAAAGCGUUUUGCAAGAACUUUAAAAACUCCAAAAAGAGAAUGACGAGUUGAGAAAGGAUUUUGAUGACGAAAAUAAGAGGCUAAAGCAACAAAUCGAAGAAGUUAACUCUAAGCUCGGAGAUCUACAAGAGAAAUCAGAUGAGAUGAGAAACGAAGGGGAACAGAGGUCACAAAUUGGUGCGAAGGAACGAGAACUGGCCGAGUUCAAAGACCAGUUAGAGAAAAAAGAAUCGGAAAAUGAAAGAAUUUUGAAGGAUUUUAAAAAUCUCCAAAAAGAUAAUGAACAGUUGACGAAGGGUUUUGAUGACAAAAAUUACAGGCUAAAACGCGUUUUUCAUUACAAAGGGGAUUUUGACAGAAAUGGGGUUAUCUAUGCGAUGGGCACGAGCUUCGGAGGAACUAAGUGGGAAAACCCCAGCAGCAAAAGUGACCUAUCGACAAGAGUAACUGCCACAAGAUCCUCUGACAAAUUAGGCUCGGCUAGUGAUCUGCUUAAUUAUUCUUAUAAGACGGGGAAGGAAAGCGGCACCAAAGAUGACAAUGGAUCAUGGUGGUGUGUUGCCUUGAGUGAGAACUACUCAUUGUAUCUCACACAUUAUACUCUAAGACACGGGCUGGGCGACGGCAACUCAUUCCUCCGUCAUUGGAAGCUCGAAGGGUCGUUAGAUGGGUCUAACUGGGAAGUGUUAAAGAAACACGAGGACGAUAAAAAGCUCUCCAGACCCUCGGAAAACUUCACUGCUACCUGGUCAAUCGACAGAGAAGUGGGAGCUUUUCGGUUUUUCAGGAUUGUUCAGACGGGCGAGAACUCUUCAGGUAAAUAUGGCAUCAAUCUUUCCGGUAUUGAAAUGUACGGGGCUCUCAUUGAACGAUCUUGCAGGUGACAAGUCUGUCAGUUAUUGAACUACUUCGAAGAACUUAGGGAUUAGGAAAACUUUCUAUUUGCUUAUGUUUUCAAUAAUACUUUAUUCCUCAAGGUCAAGGUCAAGUCGUACAUAGAAUGGACAGUUGCCUAAUAGUAAUAAUUAUGUAAUGAUGAUUAAAACGAUCAUGAGAAUAAUGACAAAGAUAAUGAUUAAAAUCUGAUAAUAAGUAUAAUGAUUAGAAAAACAGGAUUAAGGUAUGCAUUUAGCGGCCUCGAUGAGAUUGCAAUAGGAAAAUAAUGAAAUGAGUCAUUAUAACCAUCUUAAAACCAAGAAUUUUUGAUAAGGUCAGGCAAAACGUUCCAUAACUUUGAGGUUGCAAUGGAGAAAGCACCAUGCCUGUGUGUAAGUCGUGUUAGAGGGAUUAGGGGAAAGUAACUCGGCUUUUGCUCAACAAUUGUAAAUUCCUAGUGGAGGUGCGCUGAUCGAGUGAAAAAAACAAUUGGAGACGUAGGUAAACGUAAGACCAUGUAAACAUCUAAAGUUGAUCUGAAUAAUAAACUAAU